AUGGAACGACUACAGAAGAAGCAAGCUGCCCUGCGACAAGCAAUCGAAAUAAUCAUCGCAGCGGCUAGCGACCUACUGCAAUCGCCAACCAUCCAAGUCGGUGAGCUUGAGGAACACCUCGACCUUAUCCUCGAACAAGCGGAUGUGUUGAAAUCUGUUAACGAGAGCAUCGAAAAGAAGAUAGAUCUUCAAGAAUUAGAUGCAGAAUUAGAAGCUUGCGCUGCAUACACGGAGAAGAUCUGCUCCAUCAAAACAAAGAUCAAGAGAGCUCUCAGGAGUCAGACAGCCAACGAGAGCCGGUCGACAACUCCGUCAGUCACAGUGCACGAUCUGCGGGACAUCGAAAGGCUGAGGAGCCUCUACGACGAAAUCCGGUCGGGAGUCCGAAGUCUAGAGGCGCUGGGAGUGUCGUCGAGCACCUACGGCACGUUGCUUCUCACCAUCCUUCGUAAAAGUAUCCCAAAUGCUGCACCAGCAGAGACAGCAGUGCAAUCAUCGCUUCAGGUGGGACCAGCACUGGGAAAGACCCGUGUGCUUCUGCAGACUGCACGAGCGUAUGCGGAGGGCCAGCACAACAGUGCUCUGGUGAGAAUGCUGCUUGACAGUGGCAGCCAGAGAACGUUUGUACGACAGGAUGUUUCCCGGCGCCUCAAUCUUCGCGUCAUAGGAGGGGAGAAGCUAGCUAUCUACGCCUUCGGAAGCGAGAGACCGUCUGAAGAAAGAAGGUGUCAUCGCGUGGAAUGCUGGCUGCGAAACUGGCGCAACAACACCAGAGUUCGGAUCGAAGCAUUAGAGGUGCCCGAGAUCUGCGGAGACCUCCUCCCACCACCUGACGACUGCACGGCUAGCAUCGCUCGUGAACAAGACCUCCAGCUUGCUGACUCCUUGCCUGACGGCUACCAUCCUGGUGUUGGAGUUGAGCUGCUUAUCGGGGCCGAUCACUACUGGGAUAUAGCAACAGGAAAUGUCAAGCGCCUUGGUGAGAAGCUCGUGGCCAUGGAGACUGCGUUUGGAUGGACAUCGCAGGGCACUGAGUCUACAUCGUCCGUCGCAACCUUUCUAUCGAGCACCGGAGUGAUGCGAGUAGGUGUGACCACAGCACCCGACGAAAUCUCUCGUCAACUGAGGUCAUUCUGGCAGCUGGAGCACCUUGGGAUCGUCAACGAUACACAGCUGACCGCCAAAGAAGACAGCGUUCUUCGGGCCUUUGAAGAAACCAUCACUCAGAAGAACGGUAGAUACCAAGUAGCUCUCCCAUGGAAAGAAAACGCGUCAGACUUAACAGACAACAAGAGCAUAGCAUCGCACAGACUUCACUCAUUAACGGCGAAGCUGCUCCGACAUGAAGAAACCGUUCUAGACUACGAUCAGGCAAUCAGGAACUACCUGCAAGCUGGACACGCCGAGGAAGCGAACGAACUGGGUGAGUCCCCGCUGGGGCCCAUUUACUACAUGCCGCACCGAGGUGUUGUCCGGCCUGGUAGCGAAACAACUAAGUUGAGAGUCGUAUUCGAUGCCUCCUCCAAAGCGGCGGGAAAGCUGUCACUGAACGACGUCCUCUUCGCAGGACCUAAUCUAAAUCCAAACCUAGCGGACAUCCUGAUUCGAUUCCGAGUGCAUAAUGUGGCCAUAAUGUCCGAUAUAGAAAAGGCUUUCCUUCAAAUCGAGCUUGCAGAGAGUGCGCGCGACGCUGUCCGCUUUCUGUGGUAUCAAAGUACACCAGGGCAGGGCGACGCGCUCCCUCCAAUCAAAGAGUACCGCAUGACAAGGGUGCCAUUCGGCGUUACAUGUAGCCCGUUUCUCCUCGCGGCUACCUUAAGUCAUCAUCUCAAAACGGUACAGGAGAAAUUUCCUCGCACCGCCGAGAUCCUGAGUGACAACCUGUAUGUAGACGACUUGGUUACUGGUGCCGACAGUGUAGAAGAGGCAGAGCGCAUAAUCAGGGAAUCGCAGUCCAUACUCAAGGCUGCAGGUAUGAACGUCAGGAAAUGGCGAUCAAACUACCCAGAACUGAUUGCAUCGUUUGCCGAGACUGAAAGCGCCCAAAAAACUCUACCGGAGCUAGGCCCCACAAAGAUUCUCGGUGUAGAGUGGAGGCCUGACACAGACGAAUUCGUUUUUGAGAUGACCGCCCUGAUUGGAUUUUUGGCAAGUCGGCAGGACACGAAGCGAUUCGUAUUGCAGGCCUCGGCGCGCAUUUUUGACCCAUUUGGCUUUCUCUCGGCCAUUACCAUCACGGCGAAGAUCAUGUUCCAGAGCCUCUGGGAGCGAGGUACGGCGUGGGACGAAAGGGUUCCCUCAGAUUUACAGGAGACAUGGGAUAAAUGGUGCCAACAGCUUCCUCAACUUCGGCAGGAAGAGAUGGCCGAGUACGUGCUUGCAAGAUCCUUCUCCCGAACCAAAGCGAACUGCGACGACCCGUACAAGCCUUGUACCCACUCGAGCUCAGUGACGUGCCUGCCUGUGCUAACAAUGGUGGCCGGGAAUGAGCCGGCGCUCAUUGCGGGGGAGGAUGUUGAGAAUUGGUAG